AUAGAAUUUGCUUUUCAUUCAAACGCGCCCAGUUUUCGCGCGUAAAAACGUUUCUGAGAACGCGGCUUUUUUGGACUCUUUGACUCUUGAGAUUUCACGAAUAAAUGCUAGAUAGAGAAAUGCACUGUUUCCCAAGGCUCAGAAACGCGUUGAGAAGAGCUCGCGACUUGGUGGGUCUCGCCACAACCUCCUCCGCCGCCGCCUCUUUCACAUCGGCGACAUCCCCGAAGAUCGCAGCCAUGGAGGACCUCCAGAAGCUCAAGACCCGCCUCUGCAUCAUCGGCAGCGGCCCGGCUGCCCACACCGCCGCCAUCUACGCCGCCCGCGCCGAGCUCGAGCCCAUCCUUUUCGAGGGCUUUAUGGCCAACGGCAUCGCCCCCGGCGGCCAGCUCACCACCACCACCGACGUCGAGAACUUCCCCGGCUUCCCCAAAGGCAUCCUCGGCUACGAGUUCAUGGAGCGUUGCCGAGACCAGUCCGUCCGAUUCGGAACCCAGAUACACACCGAAACAGUGAAUCGGGUCGACUUCUCGACCCACCCGUUCAAAGUAUUCACCGAUUCCAGGGCGGUGAUCGCCGAUUCGGUGAUCGUCGCCACCGGUGCAGUCGCCAAGCGCCUGAAUUUCCCCGGCUCAGGCGAGGGCAAGGAAGGGUUCUGGAACCGGGGGAUUUCUGCUUGCGCGGUGUGCGACGGCGCCGCCCCGAUUUUCCGGAACAAGCCGCUGGCAGUGAUCGGCGGCGGCGAUUCGGCGAUGGAGGAGGCCACUUUUCUAACAAAAUACGGAUCGAAGGUGUAUAUAAUUCACCGGAGGGACGAGUUUAGGGCUUCGAAGAUAAUGCAGAACAGGGCAAUGAGUAACCCUAAGAUUGAUGUACUGUGGAAUUCGGUGGUGGUGGAGGCUUAUGGAGAAGAAGAGAAGGGGGUUUUGGGAGGCUUGAAGGUGAAGAACUUGGUGAGCGAAGAGGUUUCGGAUUUGAAGGUGUCUGGUUUGUUCUUUGCUAUUGGGCAUGAACCUGCCACCAAGUUCUUGGAUGGGCAGCUGAAGCUUGAUUCAGAGAAGUACGUCGUGACGAAGCCGGGGACAACACAGACCAGUGUCCCUGGAGUUUUUGCGGCCGGCGACGUUCAGGAUAAAAAGUACAGGCAGGCUGUCACUGCUGCUGGGACUGGAUGCAUGGCAGCCUUGGAAGCAGAACAUUAUUUGCAAGAAAUUGGAUCCCAAGAGGGCAAGAGUGAUUGAUUGCCCAAGAUGUGCCAGAGACAUAAAGUGCUCCACUUGUAAGCUUUACAUUUGGAAGAAUAGUUUCCUCAGGGCCAAUCAAAGUGCCUGAUUCUUUGUCUUGUUUAUAUUGGUCACUAGCGGUUAUUGGUUACCGUACUGUUAAAUUUAGAAUGCAACUGUUGCAUGCUCUCUGGAUGUUGAUCUCGCUUUUCAUCUUCUUCAUUUGCUGUUUGUUUCUAGAUUAUAUGGUAAGAGAAUUUGAAAUAUUGAACCUGUUCUUAUGCAUUUUAGAUGGUUUUGAUUCA